AUGGGGGAGUGGGUUGUUGGAGCUUUCAUCAACCUUUUUGGUAGUCUUGCUAUAAACUUUGGGACCAACCUUCUCAAAUUAGGACACAAUGAGAGAGAAAGACAUUUACUUGGAAGUGAUGGGGUACAUGGAAAGGCGAAUUUGAAGCCUAUUAUAUACUUUCAGAGUUGGAGAAUCGGUAUCCUAUUUUUCUUUCUUGGAAAUUGCCUUAAUUUCAUUUCCUUUGGCUAUGCCGCCCAGUCACUUCUUGCAGCUUUGGGAUCUGUUCAGUUUGUAUCUAACCUAGCAUUCGCUUACUUUGUGUUGAACAAAGUGGUGACAGUCAAGGUUCUGGUUGCCACGGCUUUCAUUGUUCUUGGAAAUGUUUUUCUAGUUGCUUUUGGCAAUCACCAAUCACCUGUUUAUACUCCAGAGCAGUUGACAGAGAAAUAUACCAAUGUCGCAUUCCUUCUAUACCUUCUAGCUUUGAUUGUAAUUGUUGUCUUGCAUCACUCCGUAUACAAGAGAGGUGAACUUCUGAUUGCUGUAUCAGGACAUGAGCUCAAACCCUUUUGGAGUUUGCUAUUGCCAUUUUCUUAUGCUGUAGUUUCAGGGGCUAUAGGUUCAUGUUCAGUGUUGUUCGCUAAAUCACUUUCUAAUCUUUUACGACUGGCUUUCUCCAAUGGUUAUCAGUUGCACAGCUGGUUCACAUAUUCCAUACUUCUUUUAUUUCUCAGUACGGCCGGAUUUUGGAUGACCAGGUUGAAUGAGGGAUUGUCCUUGUUCGAUGCAAUUCUUAUUGUUCCCAUGUUUCAGAUCGCAUGGACACUCUUCUCAAUCUGUACAGGAUUUAUAUAUUUUCAGGAAUAUCAGGUAUUUGACACAUUAAGGACAACAAUGUUUAUACUUGGAAUGAUGUGUGUGUUCAUUGGCAUUUCUUUGCUUGCACCUGAUGAAUCAAAAGUUUCCGAGACGAAAGACAGUUCUUUGGAUUCCAUUGUGUCUCCUGCCAUUUCAACAGAAAUGAAAAGGUUAGUAGCGCCUUCUGAAGAAGCGAACAACAAAGACACACACAACAAAGACGUGCGAACCUUUGUCAAAGGAGUCAUGUUAAAGGUUACAGAUAUUCUGGUCAAGGCAAAGACUUCUUGUGCAUUAACUCUUGGUUUUGGGGAGGAUACCAUCAAUGCAUCUUCAGUUUUUGUGAUGCCAAUGGUGUCGUCAAGAAUGACUGGCUUCAGAGGUAAUGGACUCGAACGGGCAAGAAUUUUAGCGAUGAGAAAUUCUGUUUGGAGCAAGAUACCUAUGGACGAAGAUGCAACUAAAUUGCUUGAAACUAGUGCAAUUGUUCCUUCAAACCUUUGA